AUGAGGCAACUCUUCGCUGCGCUCCUUCUCGCGGCGCUUCCACUCGAUGCCCGCCCAUACCGCCGCCAGCUCCCCGCAGGCGUGGAAGUGAGCGAGGUGACGGUGACGAACUCCGACGGCUCGGUCGCCACCAUCACGCUUCCCUUCGUUCCCGGCAACAGUGGGAACUCGCAAACUUCGGCGCUGCCCCAGGGCGUCCAAGAGGCCCAGGUGACUGUCACGAACUCCGACGGCUCGGUUGCGACCAUUACCCUCCCCUUUGUUCCAGGCGCUGCACAGUCUAGCGCCGCCCAGAGUCAGGGCGGCGAGAACCAAGGAUCGCAGGGCGGACAGAACCAGCCAACGCCGGCCGCCACUACGCCGCUACCCGCGGGCGUCUCGACCACCGUUGUGGCUGUCACGAACCCAGACGGCUCAGUUUCCUCACUCACUCUCCCGUACGUGCCCGGUUCUGCGCAGCCCGGCGCCCAGCCGAGUGGUGAUGGACAGCAAGGCCAGAGUCAGGGCGGCGGACAGAGCCAGCCCACGCCGGCCGCCACUACGCCGCUACCCGCUGGCGUUUCGACAGUCGUCGUACCAGUUACCAACCCCGAUGGCUCCGUCUCGUCCGUCACGCUACCUUUCGUCCCUGGCACAGCUCCUAGUGGUACCGCGAGUGCCGGAGAGCAGGGACAGGGUCAAGGCCAAGGACAGCCUGGUCAGUCUCAGGCUGGCCAAGGCGGUCAGCCGACGCCAACCGGAACUGUGCCUAGCGCUGGGCAGAGCGGCGCGGCAGGCCAGGGCGGUGCCGGUGCUCAGCCCGGGCAAGGCGGUCAGCAGGGCACCGGCAAUGGUACUGGAACUGGCGCUGGAACCGGUACUGGCACUGGCGCAAACCCGUUCACCUCCCCUGUUCCCUCUGGUACGGCGAUCAAUGGCGACUACACCGGCCUGCAACGUCCUCAGGUUCACUACUCUCCUCCUAUUGGCUUCAUGGGUCCCCCCACAGGCCUGCUCAAGGACAGCAAUGGCACGUGGCAUCUGUACUACGAAUACAACCCCUCCAACACGACGGCGGGCAACCAGCACUGGGGCCACGCGACCUCGCCCGACGGAUACAAGUGGGAGAACAAGCCGAUCGCGAUCUGGCCUCCCUCGGCGGGCUCUGGUGCGCUCGGCGGCUCAGUCGUGACGGACCCGGACAACACCUCUGGCCUCUUCGCCAACGGUACUGGUAAAGACAAUGUCGUGGCGAUCUACACGACCGCGCAGGGCCAGGUACUCGCGUACAGCGCCGACGGCGGGAACACGUUCACGGCCCACAACGGCACAGUGCUCCAGGGCGGCCAGGACCCCAAGGUCAUUCGAAACGGCAACAAGUGGGUCAUGGCCAUCGCAGUCGAUAGCCAGGUGGAGAUCCACACGUCCGACGAUCUGAAGACCUGGACGAAAGCGAGCAACAUCAGCGGCGGCAUAGGGCAAUUGAGCAGCCCGAACCUCGUGCCUGUGGGCGACAAGUGGGCCCUCAUAGUUUCUACCAACUCCAGCGGUACACAGUACUGGACCGGCGACUUUAACGGGACGCACUUUACGCCUGCCAACGCCCAGCCCAAGGCUGCCGAGUGGGGUCCCGACGGCUGGGGCGGCCAGGUGUGCUACCCCGACAGCAGCGGCCAGACCGUGUACAUGACCUGGGCGAACAACCCUGCGUACGCGGACCAGACCCCAACUGGCGACGAGUACUGGCGCGGCACCAUGAGUCUGCCCCGCCUCCUCACCCUCACCAACGGCACCGACGGACAGGUGUUGACGCAGGAGCCGUUCAACCCCGCCCCGAUUGUAGGCCCACUGGUCAGCGCCCACAAGAGCGAGAAGGGCCAGUUCAAUUUCACGAUCGACGCCAGUGUCGUGAAGAGCGGCGCGAUGAUGGUGCUCGUCAACGUCACAAACCUUGCUGGGGUGGGUCCAGCCCACACAGUCAACUGGACAUUCUACAGUGCCGACAAGACCCAGUGGCUGGAGAGCGGAUACCGGUUUGACGGGAUGGCGUGGAUCCGUCGUGGCAAGGUCGGCUCGUUCAACGCCCCGGGCUACGAGCAGAACCUGAACACGACUUAUAUGCACGAGGGAAACACCUUCACCGUCGCGUCGGUGGCUGACCGGAGCAUCCUCGAGACGUUUAUUGACCAGGGGAAGAGUGUCGCGACGAACCUCUUCUUCGCCAACGCCACGCUCAACCAGGUCGGCGUGUGGGCCGAUGUUCCCGAGGGCACGAGUGUCGAGGCGUACGUGUUUGCUCUUAACGGUGUCUGGGGCGCGGCUGGUGGGGAAGGCGGAGGCGGCGCUGGCACGCAAGCUAGUAGCAACGCAGUGCCCCCCGAACCGACAGCCGCCACGCCUGCGUCGCCUCCAGCGGCAUCUCCGACCGCGUAA